AUGUGUUCCAUUGCCGCCGAAAAUGUCUUUGGUCCCUCGGUGGCCUCGGACUGCCGCAAUGGCUUCGACUUUACCCUACUGUUUGAGGAAGCCUUUUUCUGUAUCGCCCCUUGCAGCGCCUUGCUCUUGUGCUUGCCGGUGCGACUGUAUCGCCUAACUACUCAGCGAGCCCAAGGCUCCAAUCCUGGCCCUCUUCUAUACGCCAAGCUGCUAUCACAUUUGAUCUCUAGUCUAAUCAAGAUUUCUCUUCUCAUUAUUCUCAUUGUCCCCGGGCUAGAAAUUCCCAAGACACGAGCGACAAUCGCCGCGGCCAGUCUCUCCGCAGCCGCCUCGAUCGCUGCCAUUAGUCUGUCGUAUUGGCAACAUUGUCGAUCCCCCCGACCAUCUACCCUGCUUAGUCUCUUUUUCGGACUGACCAUAGCUCUUGAUGCGGUCCGCGCUCGGACAAUAUGGGCAGUGCAGACUCAAACGUUCUUCACCGUCUUCGUCGUCGGGCUGGCUGUCGACCUAGUCAAAUUCGUGCUGGAGAGUCUGGAGCGGAAGGUAGCUUUGGCUGAGUCGGGCGACCCGCUGUCCGGAGAGACGACAGGAAAUGUCUUCAACCGAAACUUCUUCUGGUGGUUGAAUCCAUUGCUGUUGCAAGGGUUCCGCGAGAUCCUGGAGGUUGAGAAACUCAUCGCCAUCGAUGACCGGGUGAACAAUCAGAGCGAUAGCGACAUAUUUGCAAGAAAAUGGGAGGCUCUGCCCUCCAAGACAUCCUCUGCCUUGAUCAUGCUUCUCCUCGUUCAUCAUCGGUGGGGGAUCCUCGCUGCGGUACUGCCUCGCAUAGCCCUGACCGGAUUCACCUUCGCGCAGCCGUUCCUGCUCACCCGGAUCGUCACCUAUGUCACGGAGCCUGUGACCUCGCUGACGGACUCCUACGGUACCGGCUUGAUUGUCGCGACGGUACUCAUCUACCUCGGCCUUGCAGUAACCACAGCCAACAACCAGCAUAAAACGUACCGGCUCAUCACCAUGAUCCGAAGUAGUCUCGUUCCCCUAGUCUACACUCAGACACUGCGGUUGGAUGUUGCUUCUGUCCGAGAUUCGGCUGCGUUGACGUUGAUGAGCGUGGACAUUGAGCGUAUCACUUCCGGGCUGCGGUAUCUGCAUGAAAUCUGGGCCAGUCCUAUCGACGUCGGUCUUGCCCUUUGGCUGUUACAGCGACAGCUCGGGGUUGCAGCGGCCGCUCCAGCGGGUGUUUUUGUUUUGUGCAGUUUGUUUGGUCUCGGAGUGGCCAGCACUAUGGGCGCCCGCCAACGUCGCUGGCUCGAAGGCAUCCAGAAGCGAGUUCAAGCCACUUCAGAAAUGCUGAAAAGUAUGAGAGAGAUCCGACUGAGUGGACUGCAGAACCCUAUGGCCAAGAAGCUGCAGAGUUUGCGAUCGGAGGAGAUAUCAGAAUCACGGCCGUUCAAGAAGGCGCUGAUUCUCAUCGUGACUCUCGCCUUUACUACCGCUGCCACGGGGCCAUUGCUGGCUUUCACCAUGUACACUCUUCUAGCGAUUCGUAACGGAACCCCGGUGCUGAAUUACGACAAAGCUUACACUUCGCUCUCCCUGUUGGCAUUGUUACAAACUCCCAUGGCCUUGAUCUUGGAUGCGAUUGCUGGCGUUGUAUCUGCCAUUGGCGCAAUCCAGCGCAUUGGGGAGUAUUUGUCCAAACCCGCUGCCUCGAUUCGCGAACUCCAGAGAGAAAGUACCAGAAGCACAGAUUUGCUGCAGCCGCUUCUCCCGUAUCCUGGAUUUGGUGAGAAACAAAGAGACACCGUUGUCUUUAUACGCGACUUUAGCGCCGGCUGGGACGACAAGAAACCUUUUGUCAUCAACCAUAUCUCCCUCGAAGUCGUAUCUUCAACCAUCAACUUCGUCGUUGGACCUGUGGCGUGUGGCAAAACGACACUGUUGCAUGCCAUUCUCAAUGAAACAAUCCAUACCGAAGGUCUCCUUCAUAUUGCUGCUCCCAAGAUCAGCUUCUGUAGCCAGUCACCUUGGAUCAGCAAUGACUCAAUUCGACGGAAUAUCCUUGGAACCAAUCUCUUUGCUAAAGCUUGGUAUGACCGGGUUAUCGAGGCGUGUGCGCUACGAGAGGAUAUUAUGGGUUUUGCCCACGGGGACCAAGAGGUGAUCGGCAAUAGUGGUAUGACGCUGAGCGGUGGCCAAAAGGCUCGACUGGGACUCGCAAGAGCGAUCUAUGCUCGGGAAAAACUUCUCCUUCUCGACGAUGUCUUUAGUGGAUUGGAUGCAAAGACCGAGGAGCGCAUCUUCAACAAUCUCUUCGGCCCCAAUGGACUGCUGAAGGAAGGGGACACAACAGUGAUUUUGGCUACCAAUGCGGGUGAGUCUCUUAUCCCAUAUUUUAUGAAAGAAAUAUCUUCUGACCAGUCAGUACAUCGUAUCUCAUACGCGGAUAACAUCAUUGUCCUGGACAGGGACGGACAUCUCACAGAUGAAGGUACUUUCCAUGAUGUCCACGCCUUAGCCAAGGAGAUUACAAUGGAAGGCCCCUGGAGCGUAAAGACCGAAAAGGUCGAGGAGGCGCCCGUUGAGACUACACUGGGAUCAUCUCGACCUCUUUCAAUGGUCGAAACGCCGAAAGGAAGCGAAAGACGUACGGGAGAUAUGACCGUCUACAAGUAUUAUGUCCGCGCCGUCCGUCCGGGCAAUGCGCUCAUGUUUGCUGUGGCAUGUGCCAUCUUUGUCGUGUGUCUGAGUCUGCCUCAAUUUGUGGUUAAGUGGUGGCUGCAUCAAGGGGACGAGUAUACGGUCAGCCAUCGUGGAGAGUUUUUGGGGAUCUAUGCCGCAUUGGCUGGAGUAGCUAUCGUGUCGCUUGCUAUGGCAGUCUGGCAUUUGACCGAACGCAUGCUUCCUCGAGCCUCUACCAGCUUUCACAAUACGCUACUCAACACUAUUUUGAAUGCGCCCCUGCAGCUGUUCUCCACAACCGAUGUUGGGAGCAUCAUCAAUCGUUUCGCACAGGAUCUGCAGUUGUCGGACAUGGAGCUGCCACUGGCUCUCUUCAACACUACUGUCGAGCUCAUCAUGUGCGUGGCACAGUUGAUCAUUAUCGCCAUUGCAUCCAAGUACAUUGGCAUCGCUCUACCAGCCCUGAUAGGUGUCUUCUACCUUGUGCAAAAGUUCUAUCUCCGCACUGCACGGCAACUCCGACUACUGGACAUUGAAGCCAAAGCCCCGUUGUUCUCGAGGUUCCUCGAGGUUCUGUCCGGCCUGGUAACCAUCCGCGCCUUUGGCUGGCAAGAUGAGUUUGAGCGGCGCAAUCGGCAGGCAUUCGACGUCUCUCAAAGACCCUUCUACCUGCUGUUCUGUGUGCAGCGCUGGCUUAACCUUGUUCUGGAUCUAGUAGUUGCGGCCAUUGCGGUAAUUGUGGUGGCUAUCGGCAUCAAGAUGAAAGGGAAUGUGGACGCCGGGUUCCUGGGUAUUGCGCUGGUCAACAUCGUCCAAUUCAGUAUCAGCAUCAAGACGUUGCUGUCCAACUGGACGCAGCUGGAAAUCUCGAUUGGUGCAGUGGCACGUAUCCGUUCAUUUGCCGAGGAUACACCAUCGGAUGAGCAGGACCAGGGCACUUUCACUGAUCUCCCUCCAUCGUGGCCUGAGAAGGGUCAGAUUGAGUUUCGAAAUGUGAUAGCCGAGUACGAGGGCUCGUCCCAGCCGGUGAUCAAAGGGUUGAAUCUCACCAUCCAGCCUCUGGAGAAGAUUGCUCUUUGUGGGAGAAGUGGCAGCGGCAAAUCUUCGAUGGUCUCUGCGCUGUUCCGGCACCUGCAUAUCUCAGCUGGAUCCAUCGUCAUCGAUGGCAUUGACAUUAGCACUAUCCCGCGAGAGCAACUGUACACGCGCCUCGUUUGCGUGACACAGUCUCCCCAUCUCAUCUCCGGUACGAUCCGCGAGAACAUCGAUCCUUUCGGCACCGCUACGGACCCGGAGAUCGAGCACGUCCUCAAAGAAGUCAAGCUCUGGGCAGCAGUUGAGGCACUGGGCGGAAUCAGCGUGUCACUGUCUGAUGAUCACUUCAGCGUCGGGCAGAAGCAGCUGCUGUGUCUGGCUCGAGCCAUGAUUCGCCCUGGAUCCAUCCUUAUUCUGGACGAGGUGACGGCCAGUGUGGAUUGGGAGACGGAUCAGUUGGUGCAGGGAAUCAUCCGAAAGCACUUUGCUUCCCGAACGAUCAUUACCAUCGCCCACCGCAUCUCAACCAUUCUGGAUGCGGACCGGGUAGCUGUGAUUUCCGACGGGGAAGUGGUGGAAUUGGCGCCGCCGGGGGAGUUGCUCGCUCUGCAGCCACCCAGCCUGUUCCGGGGGCUGUACGAGGCGAGUGCGGGCAGCGAUGCAAAAUAG